ACAGCAGAGACAAUUUUGGACGCUCAGGAUAGCAAGCACCCUUUCAAUCCUGCGUUUGACUUUAAGCUCCAAAUCAUUCUUUUCUCCAAUUUAACCUACAAAACACAAAGACAAAGUAAAUGACUCAAAGAUGACAAGUUCUAAGUCUAGAAUCCUACAUUUAAGGGUAUGAAAAUGUAUGAAAUUAUGAAGUUGGUUCCGCUUUCAAUUCUUGAGCCCCUUUUCUCUUGUGAUAUCAUCAAUUAUAAAAAAAAGCUCCAGCAUCUUUGAUCUUACCUUCCCAUCUUCUUUAUAUCUACUCAAGUACUACUGUUUUCUCUCUUCAGCUCGGCUUUGCUUAAUAUCAAGCCCAAAGAUCCCCCUCCCUUCAACACUGAGGUCACUUCCAAGCGGAUGGUCUUGCAAGAGUUAGAUAGUUCUAGCCGUGCCCAACUUGUUGGCACCGCCUUUGUGGAGUCUUAUUACCAUUUUCUUCGCCAUGCCCCAGAAGAUAUGUACAAGUUUUAUCAAAGAUUCUAGUGCUUCAUAUAAUGGCAAUAUGAUUACACUGGAUGUAAUUAAAUCCAUAAAUGAUGAAUGUCGUACAUGUGAAAUAGAGAGUGUAGAUGCUCAAGAAUCUCCUCAGCAAGGGGUGACUGUAUUAGUAACCGGAUACUUGGUUGGAAAAGACAACGUGGGAAGGAAAUUUGCCCAAACAUUCAUCCUAGCUCCACUGGAAAAGGGGUACUUCAUCUUCAAGGAUAUGUUUAGGUAUAUUAAGGACAAUGAAUCAUCACAAACAAACAUCAUUGAUGAACAAGAUUUUGAACAAGGAUCAGUUAUUCAAUCAAGUCAGAGUAAAGAUCUUGCAGAUACAACCCCGGAAGUCCAGGAGGAUGCUUUAAAGAAAUCUUAUGCAUCAGUGGUUGCAGAAAGUAGUGUCGCGUCUAGUCCUGUUCAUGCUACCCAAGUGAGGAGGACAAUAUCUGCAAUCACUGGCCACCCAUCCCUUGGUUAUGCAGAUACUUCUCUUGUACCAGAGGCUUCAGCUCCUGGUGAUGAUGCCAGCUUGGGAAAGGAGCAAUACUCAUGGGAUGGUCACUCCAUAUUUGUAAGCAAUUUGCCGUAUGAUGCCACUGUUGGACAACUUGGGAAGGAAUUCAAGAAAUUUGGGUCUAUCACGUGGGACGGGAUCCAAGUCAAAAAAAAUGGAUAAGGUGAGGUUUGUGUAACAGUGCACUUCAUACUUCAAAUGAGAGUUCUUUGAUGUAGCCUUACAAUACAGUUUUGGCUUUAAAAGUGUGACUUCCAUGCAACAAGCAAUUGAGGUAUUGUUUUUAGUUGCAAGAAAUUUUUUGAGGUCUUCCUUUUGCCCUAUGAUCCACUCCCCAAGAAUAAAGAAAGAGCCAAAUGACCAUCCCAGCUAAAGGCCAUGGUCCUGACCUGACUAUUAUUUGUUGAAAUUCAUGUCAGGCUUCAACUAUCAGAAUCGGGGAUUUUCAAGCAGUGAUUGAGGAAGAGAGAACCCCCCACCCGAGGUUCUGGUCUAUAGAAGUAAAAAGGUUUCCGCAGUCUCUUAUCAGUAAAGCUAACAAAGCUGAUGGUUGUUUCAGUUGGCAAUGGGAGAAGAGGGAGGUACCACCUGCUGUAGCUUUGGUAAGAAUCAAUUCAGGAAACAUGGUGAGCUUUCUCGAUCCAAGUCUUCCGGUGGACACAAUGGAGAGGGUUAUCAUCGCCCAAGGGGCAGCAAAUAAACCGCACUUUUGUUCCUGCUUAGAAUAUUUGUCAAGGAAAUUGGCGGACACAACGGAGGGGGUUGCAUUUUUCUUUCCUUAUUAACCUUCACUUGCCUUUUGUUGUUGUAUAAAAGCAGACAAGCCGUGGUAUAUAUUGAGCUAUUAAGAAUUUUAGGUUUUUUGUUAUAAUAAUUGAAGGAGCUUCUAAGAUUAAUUUGUUUUGUCUUGGUUUAUUUUAUAGAGCUAGGGGCAUGAGAUUUUAAUAAAUUCAAAUCAGCCACAGCUUCAGAGCAACAACAGUUUUUUUGUUCAAUGCGCACUCAAUAUACCUUCUACAUUACACUGAAGAAAUUCCAAGAUUUGCGCUUCCGUUGCCAAUUUACCA